AUGUUUGAUGCAGAACAGGAUGAGCAGCCCCAAGAUGAGCAGCCCCAGCACGAUCAUGUGUUUUAUGAUGAACAUGAUCAGCAGCAUCAACAGUUUGAUGAUGAACAUGAUCAGCAGCACCAGCCUGAAGAACCCAUGUUUCCUGGAGGUCCUUAUGAUCUUUCUGUCCUUACAGAUUAUGAGCAUCAUAUUGCAAUUAAUGUGUGGAAUGGACAAAUUUGGCAAUUGCUGCUGUUGUUGAGAUAUGACUGUGCAGCUAGGGCAUAUCUACUUCAUUUGGUAGGAUGUACCAUUCUUGCGGAUAAAAGUUUUACACUUGUAUCUGCAAAAUAUCUCUUUCUGUUUCAAGAUCUGGAUAGUUGUGGUAAAUGGGCAUGGGGACCGGCUGCACUUGUUGUGCUAUAUGACUAUCUUAGAGAUAGUACAUUGCCUGCAACCAAACAGAUUGGAGGAUAUUUAUCUUUAUUUCAGACUUGGAUUUAUGAACAUUUUCCUGAUAUUUGUAAACGGGAUAUGGAUGAACAUAUUUCCUCGAUGCCACGGAUGUUUCGUUGGACUGCAAAACAAACAUAUGGGAAUGUUGCAUAUUACAGGGCAAAGUUGGAUGCUUUGAGGGAUACGAAUAUUAUCUGGGCACCAGAUUACGAUGAGAACGCUGUGACACCAUUUCAGUCUGUGUCAUUAUUUACAGGAUACAUUCGUUGGUGUUUCACGAUGGUUCCGUAUUUACCCCAGAGGUGCAUACGACAGUUUAGGUAUACUCAACACAUUCCUCCUACACCACCGAUGCUUGUUGCACGUGAUGUCGACGUUGAAUGGAGUAUGUACCGGAAUUCUGUACGAUCACUUCGAGCUAGAUUGCAUCCAGCUGCAUAUCCACAUGAGUGUGUUGAGGGAUACAUCCAGUGGUAUUAUAGGAUAUCUCAUCCUCGAAUGAUCCCUUAUGUUGCUGCAUAUGCUGGUCCUAGUUAUGAUGCUGAUGUUGGUCCUGGUCCUGGUCCUGAUGCUGGUCAUAGUCAUGAUGCUGGUCCUAGUCAUGAUGCUGAUCCCGAUACUAGUUGUACACGGUGUCACGCAGUUGGUGGUCUUAUGCAGCAGAGUUUAGAUUUGCAUAUGGGUGGUCCUGAAGAUCAGAUACGUGUCUUAUUGGAGAGAGCUUUAUAUAUUUCUAGAGGAGAAGAUUAUCAGUAG